AUGGCAUCCAACUUUUCAUCACCAUCAUCUUCAACUAUCGUUGGUGAGUACAUUGGUAUAGAGAGCAGUCUUGAUCUUAAGAACGAAGAAGAUAUCUUCACAUCCUCAUCAAAUAAAGAAGAGACUAAUAAUUAUGAGAGUUGUAGUCAACGUUGUCAUAGCGAAAAGAGAGAGCAACGGUGGGCUAAGAAAAAGGAGUUUCCACCACCAAUACCAUUGUUGGCUUGUACGGAGAAUUUGCCUUCCCAUAUGCCUUGGGUUUUAAAGAGGUACUAUACAAGUGAUGGAAGAUUGAUACUUAGAGAAGAGAAGGUCAGGCGUCAUGAGUACUUUCGGGCUCACAGAUCCAAUGGACGUCUCACCUUGCAUCUUGUUCCUUUGGAUGAUGAUGGUGAAGAAGAGCAAGUAGAGCAAGAACAUGAAGCAGAUAAGGAAGAAAAUGAAAGCCUUGUAGAAGAAAGUAUUGAUGUGAAAGUAAAUGACAAUUAUGGUGUAGAUAAUGAUUAUUUUGGUAAUAAUGUUGAUAGUGGUGAAACUAUAGAGGUGGAGGAGGAGGCUGUGCAUGAUGAUCAAAGAGUUCCUUCUAUGGAGAGUUCUGAGAGUGCAGGCAAAUGUUUGGACUACAACAGUGUGAGAACAAGCUCCACUUGUAUAUUUGGGGUGCCAGUACCGGCUAUAAGGCCAGUUCAUACAUAA